CACAGCACAGGACCAUGCCAGGCACAAAACGGUUUCAACAUGUGAUUGAGACUCCAGAACCUGGAGAAUGGGAGUUGUCUGGGUAUGAGGCAGCCGUGCCAAUCACAGAGAAGUCAAACCCACUGACCCGGAACUUGGACAAAGCAGAUGCUGGAAAAAUUGUUCAGUUGCUGGGGCAGUGUGAUGCUGAGAUCUUCCAGGAGGAGGGGCAAGCCAUGCCUGCAUACCAGCGACUGUACAGUGAAUCAGUUCUGACCACCAUGGUGCAAGUGGCUGGGAAGGUUCAGGAAGUUCUGAAGGAUCCAGAUGGGGGGCUGGUGGUACUGAGUGGAGGAGGCACCUCUGGCCGGAUGGCAUUCCUUAUGUCGGUCUCCUUUAACCAGCUAAUGAAAGGUCUAGGACAAAAACCUCUUUACACCUACCUCAUUUCAGGAGGUGACAGGUCUGUGGUGGCCUCUAGGGAGGGGACAGAAGAUAGUGCCCUGCAUGGAAUUGAGGAACUGAAGAAGGUGGCUUCUGGGAAGAAGAAAGUGAUUGUCAUUGGCAUUUCAGCGGGACUGUCUGCUCCCUUUGUGGCAGGCCAGAUGGACUACUGCAUGGAUCACACAGAUGUCUUCCUGCCAGUCCUGGUUGGUUUCAAUCCAGUGAGCAUGGCCAGAAAUGACCCCAUUGAAGACUGGAGUUCAACAUUUCGGCAAAUAGCAGAACGCAUGCAGAAAAUGCAAGAGAAACAGGAAGCUUUUGUGCUCAAUCCUGCAGUCGGGCCUGAGGGUCUGAGCGGCUCCUCCCGGAUGAAAGGUGGAAGCGCCACCAAGAUCCUGCUGGAAACUCUGUUAUUAGCAGCCCACAAGACUGUGGACCGGGGCAUUGCAGCCUCUGAAAGAUGCCUUCUGGAAAUCCUUCGAACAUUUGAGCGAGCUCAUCAGGUGACCUACAGUCAAAGCUCCAAGAUUGCCACCCUGAUGAAGCAAGUCAGUACCAGCUUGGAGAAGAAAGGUCAUGUGCACUUGGUUGGCUGGCAGAACCUCGGCAUCAUUGCCAUCAUGGAUGGAGUAGAGUGCAUCCACACCUUUGGUGCUGAUUUCCGAGACAUCCGUGGCUUUCUCGUUGGUGAUCACAGUGACAUGUUUACUCAGAAGGCUGAGCUCACCAACCAGGGUCCCCAGUUCUCCUUCUCCCAGGAGGACUUCCUGACUUCCAUCUUGCCCUCCCUCACGGAAACUGACACUGUGGUCUUCAUUUUCACCCUGGAUGAUAACCUCACAGAGGUGCAAACAAUGGUGGAGCAGGUGAAAGAGAAGACUGCCAGUAUCCAGGCCCUGGUGCACAGCACUGUGGGGCAGACCCUGCCGACCCCUUUGAAGAAGCUUUUUCCCUUCAUCAUCAGUAUCACGUGGCCACUGCUUUUCUUCGAAUAUGAAGGGAACUUCAUCCAGAAGUUCCAGCGUGAGCUAAGCACCAAGUGGGUCCUGAAUACCGUGAGUACUGGGGCCCACGUGCUUCUGGGGAAGAUCCUACAAAACCACAUGUUGGACCUUCGCAUUGGCAACUCCAAGCUCUUCUGGCGGGCCCUGGCCAUGCUGCAGCGGUUCUCAGGACAGUCCAAAGCUCGAUGUAUUGAGAGCCUCCUCCAAGCCAUCCAUUUUCCUCAGCCACUGGCCGAUGAAAUUCGAGCUGCUCCCAUCUCCCGCCAUGUCCAGGUUGCAGAUGAAAAGGACAAGGUGAUCCCCACAGCCUUGCUGAGUCUUGUGUUCCGGUGCUCCAUCCCUGAGGCUCAGGCACACCUGGCUGCAGCUCCUUCUGUCUGUGAGGCUGUCAGGAGCGCCCUGGCGGGGCCAGGUCGGAAGCGCAGCGCGGACCCCCUGGAAACCUUACAGCCUGCUGUGCAGUGA